CCGGAGACCUAGCCCGGCGCUGGAGGCGGCCAGACAGAUUUCCUGCUCUCCCGUAGGACUGAGGGCUGCGGGGCUGCGGGGCUGCGGGCUGCGGGAGAAGUCGCCGGCAGCACCGGGACCUCGCUGCCCCCGCGCGUCCCCACGACCCUCCCUUGCGCCGGCAGGGACAGCGGACGCCCCGGAGCAGAGCGCGGCGGGCGGGCGCCCGGGAGAUGCGGAGUCGCCGCGGCAGCGCGAUCGGCGCGACAGCACCGGUCCCUGAAAGACUAUAGCCCUCAUUUUCCUUCGCUGACAGAGAAACAUGGAUUCCCCAGGGCCAGGAUGGCUGCCAUGCAUCAUCCCAGUCGGACAAGAGGUGUGCCAUGGAGCCCUUCUGUCCACUCCUGCUGGCAGGUUUUAGCUUGUCGCUCGCCAGAGCUGGCAAGGGCAACGACACCACCCCAACAGAGAGCAACUGGACUAGCACAACUGCAGGCCCUCCGGAUCCUGGCGCCUCCCAGCCACUGCUCACCUGGCUGCUGCUGCCUCUGCUCCUCCUCUUGCUCCUCCUUGCAGCCUACUUCUUCAGGUUCAGGAAGCAGAGGAAAGCCGCGGUCAGCAGUAACGACAAGAAGAUGCCUAACGGGAUCCUGGAAGAGCAAGAGCAGCAGAGAGUGAUGCUGCUGAGCAGAUCUCCAUCAGGUCCCAAGAAGUACUUCCCCAUCCCUGUGGAGCACCUGGAGGAGGAGAUCCGAGUGAGAUCUGCGGAUGACUGCAAGCGCUUCCGUGAGGAGUUCAAUUCAUUGCCAUCGGGACAUAUACAAGGAACUUUUGAACUAGCAAAUAAAGAAGAAAACAGAGAAAAAAACAGAUAUCCCAACAUUCUGCCCAAUGAUCAUUCCAGAGUGAUUUUGAGCCAGGUGGAAGGAAUGCCCUGCUCUGACUACAUUAAUGCUUCCUACAUAGAUGGUUACAAAGAAAAGAACAAAUUCAUAGCGGCUCAAGGCCCUAAGCAGGAGACAGUGAAUGACUUCUGGAGGAUGAUCUGGGAGCAAAAGUCAGCCACCAUCGUCAUGUUGACGAACCUGAAGGAAAGGAAGGAGGAGAAGUGCUACCAGUACUGGCCAGACCAGGGCUGCUGGACCUAUGGGAACAUCCGGGUGUGCGUAGAGGAUUGCGUGGUCCUGGUGGACUACACCAUUCGCAAGUUCUGCAUCCAUCCGCAACUUCCGGAGAGCUGCAAAGCCCCACGGCUGGUCUCACAGCUACACUUCACCAGCUGGCCUGACUUUGGGGUGCCCUUCACUCCCAUCGGGAUGUUGAAGUUCCUGAAGAAAGUGAAGACACUCAACCCUUCACACGCUGGGCCCAUUGUGGUCCACUGCAGCGCGGGCGUGGGCCGGACAGGCACCUUCAUUGUGAUCGACGCCAUGAUGGACAUGAUACAUUCAGAACAGAAGGUUGACGUCUUUGAGUUUGUGUCUAGAAUCCGCAAUCAGCGCCCCCAGAUGGUCCAGACGGAUGUUCAGUAUACAUUCAUCUACCAGGCCUUACUGGAGUACUACCUCUAUGGGGACACAGAGCUGGAUGUGUCGUCCCUAGAGAGACAUCUACAGACGCUACAUGGCACAGCCACCCAUUUUGACAAGAUUGGGCUGGAGGAGGAGUUUAGGAAGCUGACCAACGUACGAAUCAUGAAGGAGAACAUGAGGACGGGCAACCUGCCUGCCAACAUGAAGAAGGCCCGCGUUAUCCAGAUCAUCCCAUAUGACUUCAACCGGGUAAUCCUGUCCAUGAAAAGAGGCCAAGAGUACACAGACUAUAUCAACGCAUCCUUCAUAGAUGGCUACAGACAGAAGGACUACUUCAUGGCCACUCAGGGGCCUCUGGCUCACACAGUUGAGGACUUCUGGAGGAUGGUGUGGGAGUGGAAGUCACACACAAUUGUCAUGCUGACGGAGGUGCAGGAGCGGGAGCAGGAUAAAUGCUACCAGUAUUGGCCAACAGAGGGCUCGGUGACUUAUGGAGAUAUAACUAUAGAAAUAAAGAGCGACACCCUGUCUGAAGCCAUCAGCGUACGAGACUUCCUGGUUACUUUCAAACAGCCCCUGGCCCGCCAGGAAGAGCAGGUCCGAGUGGUGAGACAAUUCCAUUUCCAUGGCUGGCCUGAGGUCGGGAUCCCCGCUGAAGGCAAAGGCAUGAUUGACCUCAUUGCAGCGGUGCAGAAACAGCAGCAGCAGACAGGAAACCACCCCAUCACCGUGCACUGCAGUGCGGGAGCAGGGCGGACAGGUACAUUCAUCGCACUCAGCAACAUUUUGGAACGAGUGAAAGCCGAGGGACUCCUGGAUGUGUUUCAAGCUGUGAAGAGCUUAAGGCUUCAGAGACCACACAUGGUGCAAACCCUGGAGCAAUAUGAAUUCUGCUACAAAGUGGUACAAGAUUUUAUUGAUAUAUUUUCUGAUUAUGCUAAUUUCAAAUGAAGAGUCCUGCCUUAAAAUAUUUUUUAAUUUAACGGUCAGUAUAUUUUGUAAAAAAAAAAAAAAAAGAAAGAAAAAGUCAGGUUAAUUUAUUUCCUAGUGGACAUUAAUAUCCUUCCUAAUUCCUUUGUAUAUAUUUUGUUAUGUUCCAUAGGCUACCUGCUGUAAAGUUAUUAAAGUGUAAAUGGCCUUUUUUAAAAAGUCGGAAUGCUGUGUUAAGGUCAAAUGCUAUCUGGGAAGUUAAUAUGUCUGCUGAUAUCAGUCAGUAUCUUGAUUCUGUUAGAUCUACGUCAUGUGACGUCACAUGUCAUGCAUCUAUAAACAUAGUUCCUGAUAUGUCAGACAUUUAUGAAAGACACUAAACAUGAAGCCCCUUGUGGAGGAAAUGGUUGCGGACUCAGAGUCAGGUCACGUUUCCUGUUCCCACCAAUAGGGCACUCAGGGCGUCAGGCGUGGCAAACAGCGUACGCGGGGGCUUUGGGACAGUCCUCGGGGUCGGCCAUGUGGCUCAUCCUCACAUUUGAGAGCUCAGAGAAGAACUAGGAGUGGGCUGUACUUCUACCACCUGAGGGACCAAGGCCUGAGGACUGCCCUCAGAUCAUAUAUAUAGUGAGAGAGAGAGAGAGAGAGAGAGAGAGAGAGAGAGAGAGAUUUUGCAACCUGAAUCCAGGUCUCAGACCCACAAGGGUAGAUGAUGGCUUUCCUGUGAGUUUUAGAAGGCAUUUACUUAUGAGAGACCGUGUCUCCGCCACUGUAGAAUUGAUAAAAAGAGGUGCUGGUACCACAUCAUCUCUUCCCACAGGCCCCCAGUAUCCCCAAGCUAACCAUCAGAGCUGUGUUUCGGGAACCACCUGCUGUCCAUCUGCCUGCAUGCCUGGCUCAGAAGCCAGCCGGCCUCAUUUCCAGGGCUCCUGCCACUGGCCCUGCUGCCUGUGCAGACCUUAAUUGGGCCUACAGGCUCAAUGCAAAACUACUUCCCUCCCUUCCACACUGAGGUAAAGUGUCUUACACACACACACACACACACACACACACACACACACACACACCACACGAGCACACACACUCGAGCACACACAGGUAGAACCAGUAGAAUGAUCGCAAAUAAUUGCACUGCAAAUUUCCUGACAGGUGUUUUGGUAUAUCAGGUUUUCUUUGUAAAAAGUUAAGAUGGUUUGUAAGAAAAGAAAUCUUAAGAUCUAGAUUUGUACAGUUUUUUUUUUUUUUUAUGACCCACUCCUUGGUGUUUAAUUUAAAAAAAAAAAAAAUGAGAGAAAAAAAAUCCUAACUUGAAGUCUAACUGAAAUGCUGCUGAGACCUCCAAGCACAGAUAACAGUGACAGUCACACUGCCUGAGGGGAGUAGGUUAGGGGAAGGCUGGAGAGUGGGAAGGAUAAACUUGGAAACAUUGACUUCAAUAAAUCUUCUUAUGGCAUUUAGGUAUCUAGCAAAUGAGCACAAUGUAAAAAAAAAAAAAAAAAAAGACAUCUGUUCUAACUCACCGAAGGCUUUGAACAUACACAGUUUGGGUACUUUUUUUUAUUUUUUUUUUACUUUUUAAAGGAGAGAGGAAAAUAUAAAGGUCUCAUUUGCCACCCUCGUGGAGGAUUGAUCAUGCUUGUUUGUCCUUGUUCAUGUACAGUCUGUACGGGGGACAACCCCAGGGUCUGCCGCUGCCUCAUACAGGUGAACAGGUCACCUCACGCCCCACAGGUCUGAGUUCCAUCCAGAGGCACAGCUGGCACCCAGCAUGCAGGGUGAAAGCCGACAGUGGCUGCCGCUGUCAUCACCAUCAGCUGGCAGGGCUGGCUGCUUGCACUGAGUGGGGCCUCCCCUUCUCGAUGCAAGUGAAGCGCAGGCAGAAGACCUGAGGGCAGGGAGCUUUCCCUGGCCAGUGGUCUCAUUUGCCUCCGUGUUAGACCGCAAGCCCAGAGCCUUGCUUUGACUAAAGCCGGAGAGAGGGCAGUAUUCUUCUGUUCCACAUCCCAAGCCCACUAGAACGAAGGUUGACCUCACACUGGUCCCAAGCCAAAGUUUGGCCUUGCACCUUGGCACCCCAGUUUAGUGACUGGCCCUCAGAAUCCCAGGCAUUUCUUGUAUCAAGGAAUGCCUUUAGGGUAGAUCUUUUUUCAGGAUGUCUAGAAAAUAUUCUAUUUGUGUGUUUUUCCUCACCUUGGGGCUGCCCCGAGGUUCCCCUGCAGGAGCCCUACCUGUUUCUAAACAGCUUGUCCCAUUCCAGAGAGAAACAGAAGCCACCCUCCUGUAGGCACAGUUGGGGCAGCACCUGUCCUUCUGUGGAGGGGCCAAUCCCUGCAGUCUCUUGGCUAAUGCCACCGCCAAAUUCAGCCUCCUUAAGGUGCAGAGCCUCUGUGUACAAGGGAAUCCUAAGUGAGGCCUCGGCAUCUUCUCUGUGUACCUGGCAUGUCCUUCACUAAGUCCCAGGGGGUCAAGUAUACACCAGGGAACAGCCUGGCACCGACAAUGACCUUCUCGUUUCUCUGUUGCAUGCAGUUGCGUUCAAAUGCCAAAUAGUAAUCAGAGCCCGGUGUUCUGAUCAGGUGCGUCCCUUGGUCACUGUGUGACUUGCUUUACUUUCUCUCUCCAUGUGCUAGAUGAGCGAGGAAAGCACACCUGUGUUUUCCAAGGUAUUUUUAUGUGUUUUUUAAAAACUUUUUAAAAUGAGCCUGAAACCUGUGUUUCAGCAUCUGGAGACAUGGACAUGCUGUUGGGUUUUCUCAUGUGUAUUUACUGAUACAUCUUUGUUUGUAACCAAGCCAUGUUUAAUUUAUAUGUGCAAUCUUUAUAAUAUGUGUACGUGUCAUGGUUCCAACUCUCAUAUAUUCUUUUGAUUACAUUUACCUUUUGAUCUUGCUCUGAUUAUAAUGCCAGUGAAUGUCGCUGAAUUCUUGGGACAUGCAAACUGCGAGAUCAAAAACAUCCUGAUGCAAGAAUAAACCUCUGACUACCAGCCUGGA